GUGACAAAGAAGAGUCGAAACAAAAUGGCUGCCACGGGAGACGACGCUGCAGCAAUGGACAGCAUCUCCAAAGCCCCAACAGCUCACUCAGCGGCUCUCAACCCGGCUGGAGGCUCCGGAGGUCCAGCGGGAGCACCGGCCGAGGGGUCGGGGAGUCCCGCGACCGCUCCGAGGAAAACAACCACGAACAGUGAGCUUUGACUCCUACCAGCUUCCGUAGCAUGUUAAUGCUAAUGCUGCUUGUAGUAAAUACAGAGAGGUGUUUCCUGUUUUUAAAUGAGCCCAGGUUUUAUUAUUUAAGUUCAUCUGACAGUGUUUGACCCGCACAGACGGGCUGUUCUCUGAUUGGCUGAUCUCUCUAAGGUGAUGCAGGUGUGGAGACAGCAGAGGAGGCUGUGGAGCCCGCGGACCCGGACAUCAACGAGCUGUGCGCUGACAUGUUUGAAAAGAUGGCGCUGUUCCUGCAGGGGGAGCUCACAGGUAAGAGCCCAGAUGAUCAGUACACCUUGGACAGAACCAGACCCAUGUAAGACAGUCAUCUGCUGCUCUUGAACUGAGUUCAGAGACGAGAUAGAGGCAGAUGCAGAAAGAGAGAGAUGGACAGAGGUGAUACUGACACACAUAAUUGAAGCAGCUAGAAAGCAUCAAGCCAACAGCAGCAAAACAUCUGCAGCAGUGAGAACAAGGGGGAACCUAUGAGAGCACAUGGACUCUCAGAAAAGACUUGUGUACUAGUGAUUCUACUGGGACAUGAUGAUUCAAAGUUAAUGUUACAGAAAAAAAGGUUUUUUGGGACUGGGUCCAGUGGACACGUUGUUUACCUGCUGUUUAUCAGUGUUUACCUGUUGUUAACAUAUUGCUGUGUGUUUAUCUGUGUGUACCUGUUGUAUACCUGUGCAGGUACAUGUGAAGACUACCGCCUGUUGGAGAACAUGAACAAGCUUACCAGCCUGAAGUACAUGGAGAUGAAGGACAUCAGCAUCAACAUCAGCAGGAACCUGCAGGACCUCAACAACAAGUGUAAUAAACAAUUACACACUCCAGAGCAUACCUAAAUACACACUAAAACACUAAAAGUACACACUAGUACACCUGAACACGCCACUGGGUCAGCAUCCAUGUGGACUGACUGCUAGAGGACUAUAAAAGUAAUAAUGAAUGUGUUCUCUAAGUGCUUCUCGGUAUAAAAUUAAAAACUUAGACACACAAACAGAGAAUAAAAUAACAAUAAAUGAAUGGAAAUGGUUUAUAACAGCAGAACUUGAGAGCAGUUUUAACUCCAUAAAUCAGUUAAACUCAGACUGAGAGGAUGCUGCCUUUAAAAUGUGAUGGAUAGAAGAAACUUUAUGAAGCUCUGAAGUUUUCUUUGUAUUUGUGCUGAAAAACAUUCAGUGUUGAAGCUUCUCAGAUUCAAUAGACAAAGUGACACCUGGUGGCUGUUAAGGUAAUGACAGCCCGCUGAAUGAUGCUCUUAAGCACCGGCACGCCUCUGUUUAGUUUUAGUGUAUCCAAGAAAUUAAAGUCUACGACACAUCUGCGUCAGGAAUUAAAACCAUUCAUGUAUCCGUCUACCUACAGCUGUCUCUUCAGAUUUACCAACAUUGUACAGGUGGCCCACUCAUACUUUGACUACUACUUUUGACUACUACAGUCGCAUGACACAAACAUCUUAAACACAAACUCUGACCUGUCAGAGUGAAGCUGAAGUCAUACAAGCUUCAAAGUUGCUGUGUCAAACACUAUCUCUAGAUUUCAACACAUUUAUAAAGAGCAUGAUCAGCUGUGACCCCCUUAGUGAGGAGAACACACCUGAGGAGUCUGAUCAGCUCAGGUGGACCAACAGGAGAGAGAGAGAGAGGGAGAGAGCUCCACCCCCUAUAUUAUCACCUGUUUGAUUUACUUCAUCAUUAACCUUUGUGUUUGUGUGUGUAGAUGCCAGCCUGCAGCCAUACCUGGAUCAGAUCAAUCAGAUUGAGGAGCAGGUGUCCUCACUGGAACAGGCAGCUUACAAAUUGGACGCCUACUCCAAGAAACUGGGUGAGACACACAAAAACGUUAAUCUUACCAGGCUUGGCUGCACAUAAAAAAGAGCCAACAAAGACAGCUGAGACACCUGUGCAGGUAUGUCCCUCAGACUGACUCUCUCUGUUUCCCCUCACAGAGGCCAGAUUCAAAAAACUAGAGAAGCGAUGACAACAAGGAGGGCGACCAUGAAGAUGACAACUGUGGUAAUGAAGUUGAAGAUGAAGAGGAGGAGGCGGCGGCAGUUGUUGCGCUUUCUCUUCAUGUUUCACCUGCUCCUGUUAGCAGAGACACAGCUGAGACUAAAACACCAAUCAAGGACUCAGAGAGCACCAAGGACCAAUCAGCUGAGGGGACUUUAACCAACCUGCUAUGACUGGUUUAGAUUAAUAACUAACCUGCUGUGAUUGGUUCAGAUUAACCUGCUGUGAUUGGUGUAGAUUAACCUUCAUUGAUAGUUUCCAGAGUAAUCUGUGGAGUUUCUGGUGAGGCAGCAGUCAGACUUUCAUGACUUCUCUCAGAUAAAUUCAGGACUUUGUGUUAAAUGUACGGUUAAGUUUGGUGCACAGAAGUCAGUUAAUUUGAUGUGUGACUGCUUCAGUAUGCAAAGCAUGCUGGAUACACAGCACAGAGGUGGGCCAGUCUAUUUGUGAAAUCUUUAGACUCUUUCCUCCCUUGUUGAGUCAUAAUCAUGGAUAUAAACAAACAGUGAUAUAACAUGAAUUUGAUUUAAAGACUCCUCCCUUUAACUCCACUGAUCAGCGGAUUGCAGCAGUACCUCAAGUCUCUCAAACCCCUCACAGGCUUGAGCUGUACAGACCCUAACCCUGACAGAGUAAUAGGUGGUUCUAGAAAGGACUACACAGCUGCAUGGAAACUGCACAUCGCUGAGAGUGAUGAGUCCUCACACUUAAACAAGUUCGGACCUUUUUACUCUCUGACAGUCUGAUAAAAAGAGUCUGGAAUAUUAGUGUGAUGUGUAUCACAGAUUUUACACUAAAUGAAACAAACAAAUUAUGUGUCAAAUGUUUAAAUGAGUAAUUUACAAAAAACAACCUGUCACAUAUUUAUUCUGAGUUAAGACAAGAGGAUCCUCCAGAUGCCUUGUCUUUGUCAGUCUGCCAUCAGAUGCUUUCCUGCAGGUUUAAACUCAAAGUUUCUGAAUAGUUUUCCGUCAAAUAUUAAAUAUUCUGUUGAUUUGAUCUGUUGUUCUUUUUUUUGUGUGUGUUUUUGCUAAAAUCUGUUAUUUUUACACCGAGUCCUGACUGAUCAAGAAACUGUUUGAGGGUGACAGUUACUGAAUAUUGAGUUUGACUUGAAUCUUAAUAUUCACUGACUGGUUCUCAGAGUUAAAGGAAACUGGAUAACUGAACUUAUCUAAUCCCAGCAGACUGAGCUCUAUCAAUGUAUUGAGCUGGAGAUCUGUGUGGAUAUCAACAGGAUAAAACAUGUUCAGUCAGUUACUUCAAUCAUGAUCAGCUCUCUGAGUUAUGACUUAAAUAAUAAAAUACAAUAUUUAACAUUACUAACUUCUGUGUAGCAAGAUUAUUCUGAUCAUAGUGGCUGAGAUUCUCUUUCACAGAUUUCACUAAAACGGUAGUCAGACAUUAAGAUGUGUCAUUAAUCCCUGCAGAGUUAAACACAGUGGUGAUUAUCUGAUGUUGAGGGUUUAUUAUUGUUUUACUGAAUGAGUUCAUGGAAACACUGUAGAAAAUAAAACUGGUCAAUGUUUAGGGUUUUUUUUUGUAAAGGCCUCCUCCUGGGUUUAUUUCAAGCCACAUUUAUCUUAUGCGUCAGAAAGACUGUGAGGAAAGUUUUUAGAGUUUCUGUUAAUCUGUGUGACAGUGUGUGAGGAUUGAAAAUAAACUGGUUCAAUGACAGAGUGAGAGAUUACAAUGAGACUUUGAUGGAUGGUUUAGAUGACAGCUCCAAGAUAGUGAAAGUCACCAAAAGUACACAACAUAGCUGUAGCAGCAGAGAUGGAUUCAGUCAGAAGCUCAGGUAAGCUGUCUGUUAGUUUUCUGUGAAUGAACUUGAGUUUGUUCCAGUUAAACCUGCUGGUUUAGACCUGGUUUAACUGGAACUGCUGGAGGAGUGGAGGUCACAUUAUGCUGUGUUUAAGACUGGGCCAAAGACCUACCAGAGUCCUGACAUAGACUUUACAGAAUAGACAGCUAUUCUGCUAUUUUUUUUCUCUCACUUUACUGUUAGAUCAGACGGUCUGGUCCUGCUCUGUCAGCUGUUCUGUUUUUGGUCCUUCUUUUUCUUACCAUAUUUCAGACUCUUUGUUCUGUCAGCUGGCCCUAUUUCUGGGUUAAUGUGACUCUCUGACUUUGCCUCCUCACUGUACUCUGUCUGGCCCUCCAUGUUUCAGCUACUUGAUUCUCAGAACAGAAGAAGUUCAGUCUGAGGAGAUGAAAUAAUGAAGUCAGAGGGGUUGUUACAAGUCCAGGUGCAGUCAGGCUAUUUCUCAGCGGAGCAGUUUAAUCUCUGCAGUGAGUAAAAGAGUUUAUGCUCAAUCUGAUCUGAUGUUUUAAAAUCUGUAGCUGGAGUUAGAUUUUCUCAACAAGCCUGCUGUUUUUAAAGUUCUAGCUUUGGCCAGCAGGGGGCAGACCUGCACCACCGCUCAGAGUUUAGAGUUGGUCAGCUUAUUUUGAUGUUGGUCUUUCAAAGACUCAAAAACAGAGCAGUGCUGAAAAAGCUCUGAGUUUAUUACAGAGACAGGCGAGUCCAGGUGUGAGCUCACAGCUCUUCCCUAAUAAUCAUUUACUGGCAUUCAUGGAAAAUUUGAAAAUAAAACAAAUGAAGGAAAGACAAGACAAGAGUGGAGCAGCACAUAACUCCAUAAAGUUUACUAAUAAACACAAUAAAUGAAUGGAGUGAUGGGUUUUUAUGAUGCAUGAAAUAUAUGUGAAAUAUAAAUGAAAUAUCCACGUGUAACAAAGUUAAAAUUUAUGAUUAAGCCACAUCCAACCUAAGAACAGUUAAAAAGUAUGACUGUUGACUUGAUCAGUAACCUAAAGACUUAGUUUUUGGAAUUUUCUCUGAAUGUCAGUUUUUAAAAAUAUCUAAUCAUAUCUCAGUGAGAUGCUACACCUAGCUUGCUUGCAGCUGCUGCUUCUUUGCUAUCUCUCCUAAGUUUUAUGGUGUGCAUCAAGUAGUGUAAUGGACCACUACUAUGAAGUCACUUUUUAAAAUGAUAUAAGUAUAUCUUUUUAUGUUUUUAUAAAGACUGUUAUUAUCAGCACUGGAAUAUUGUGACGUAAAAAUGCUGCUGACAGAUUUUAUUUAUGAUCAGCUGAUCUGAGUUUAGUUUGACUGACAGUUUCAGGAAGAUUCUCAGAGAUUAGACACAUGCUGGUCCUCAUCUGCAGAGAGGAGCUGAAACAAUAACAGGGCAGCUCGCCAUGCCACGCCACACCGCGGUGUUGUGUAACUGCAGCGCGCACGAAGAUGAUGGGAAACUUGAGUGUUGAUGAAUGAGUGUGAGGACAGAUCUGAGGGCGAGGAGCUAAACCGCAGUUUUCUGUUUUUCUGCUCAGAGUUAACAUUCCUCUAAACCAGGCAGAUCAUUUAGGAGAGUUGGGAAAUCUCCUUUUUCUCACACACACACAAAGGAGGGAGGAGCAGCCCUACAACACACUCACACUGGACACCCCCCUCCCCUCUCCUCUAAUCACAUCACACAGAGGUUCAUGUUUACGUCAGUUCAGAGCAGCCUGCAGAUCUGAGAGGAAUUUCAGCUUCAAUAUGAGCCACAUGUGAGAUCAGAGGACCUCACACCUCCACCUUACUACACACACACUACACACCUUCAGCAUACACACCAUCUCACACACCUCCAUCAUCUAUGUAAGAUCAGAGGAGCUCAGAGUGACUCCACAAGCCAGAGAAGAACAACUCAUGAGGUCGAAACACCUCUCACUGCUCACACCUUCAUCAUACACACACACACACACACACACACACACACGCACUCACAUGCAUGCAAACACACACAAACAAACAAACACUCGUCGACAUAGGCACGUGCACACACUAACACAUACACACACAUACACAGACACUUCUAACAUACAACCUGGAUGCUAUAAGAGUUUGCACUCUUAUGGAAGAAGAACCAAACAGGUUUUUCACUCUCACUUUUAUUAUUUUAUUUUUUCUCACAACCACAUAUGUGGUAUGGAGCACAAAUAAACAUUAAACAAUAGAAAUAAUCAGACGUAGCAAGCAGGCAGUAGGGCUGUGCAUACUUUGUACAUAUUUAUCUCUGGUCAACACAAAACAAACAGAACAAAAAGUAUCACUUAAACAGAGGAAGGACAUGCCUCAGGGAGGCACCUAGCUUAUAAAUAACUUUUGUUAUAUCCGACUGUAAUAACAUGAUUAGUUUAAACAUAGAUGGGCAACAAACAUGUUUCGGGAUGUAUUUUUCUCUUAGAUAUGAGACAUUUUACCUGUGGGAGUACCUGCACCUGUACCUGUACCUGUGGGAGGGAUUAAUAAAAACAUAUUAUCUGCAUUAGCCUUUAUAAUACCUUAUCUCUUACAUCAGAUGAGUCAAAGCUGAAAUAAUUCACAGUCGGUCUCUGAGUGUUGAGUCUUAGCUGUCUGAGUUUUUGUCUCUUCAUCAUUCACACACCUCAGAACACGGCUCAUUUAAUUAUUUUUAUUUGAUUUAAUAAUCUUUUAACCAGAAUUUUUCCUGUGAAGAUAUAAAAACUUUUUUUUUUCCACAUGGAGUCCAGCUGCAUUAAAAGUUUCACUCCAGAUCCAUAAAUGAUCAGCCCUCAGCAGUGAAUCAUGCGCUCACUGGUCCACUGAUCCUGAAUAUGUGUUUUCGAAUACUGCAGACUGAUAAAAUGAUCCAGUCCGUGCAGACCUAUAGAGCAGGAUAAGGGAGUGAAACAUUAAAAACAUUUGAGACAAAAUCAGAGUCACUCUGAUGGAAACAAGUCAGAGCUCUCAGUGUGUCUCUUUGGCUGAUAAAGGAGCGACUUUAAUAAAAACAGUUAAGAAUAAGAGAUAAGAAGAACUUUACUAAUCCCCGAAGGGAAAUUCAAUUGUCUGUUGUCUCUCAUAAUAUGUCUGUAAAAGUUAUCUAUUAUUAACACAAGAGUUAUAAAGUCUGUUGGUACAAAAGAUCUUCUGAGAGGAGCCGUCCACCACCACUGGCCUGUUGGUCCAUCAAGGUGUUGUGAAGUGGGUGAUCCAUGUUCUUUAGAAUAGACUCCACCUUCCUCAGUGUAGAUCUCUCCACCACAUCCUCCACUGAGUCCAGCUUGAGUCCUACCACAGAGCCAGCCUUUUUCACCAGUUUGUUAAGACGUCUCGCAUCUUUGUGUUUGAUGCUUCCUCCCCAGCAGACUGAUAAAACAUCUGCAGCGUGGAACAGAACACUGUAGACACCACAGACUGAUAAAACAUCUGCAGCGUCUUACUUCAGAUGUCUAUUGAUCUGAGUCUUCUCAGGCAAAAAAGGAGGCUCUGCCCCUUUCUGUAGAUGAAGUCUAUAUUCUUAGACCAGUCCAACUUAUUAUCCAGAUGUACACCGAGGUAUUUAUAGGAUGUCACCACUUCGAUGUCCACUCCACAGGCGUUCACUGGCUGAAGAGGAGGUUUGGAUCAACGGAAGUCUAUGACCAUCUCCUUUGUCUUUGAGGUGUUGAGGAGGAGGCAGUUUUUGUGACUCCAAUCACUGAAGGCUCUUAUCAGAUCUCUGUAUUCAGCUUCUUGCCCAUUUCUGAUACAUGCCACAAUAGCAGUGGGUAUUUGACCCGGGAAGGUCUGAUCUGUGGAUUUACUUCAUGUACCUCUGAUCUGAUGGCUGACCAGCUGAGGGACAACUCGGUCUUACCUUCACAUCUCAGAGACAUUUACUCAAUCUGUAAGGACCUACAAAGCAGGGACAGGUGUGUCCUCACCUGGUCAUUGACAGAUUUUAGCUGCUACACCUGAAAACUUUACCUGAACUCCUGAUGAAACUCUGAGUCUCUGAUGGUUAUCAGGUGCUGCUGCAAGUUUGACGGAUAGACACUGGUCUCAAAUAGAGGAUGGGUCAAGUUCACGUACUGCCUCAGCGCACAUUUACUGAUCAUACAAAGAAAAGUCUGAUCUGAUGUAUCAUCUGUCAGUUAUUCACUUUUCUUAUGAGCAACAGAGAGUGUGAAGAUCAUUUUAAUCUUCACACUGACAGAUCGGCUGUAACAUCACACAAGGACACACUGUGUUACAUCACAGCUGAGCUCAGGUGUUUCAGGUGAACCAGGGCAGGUAAGCUAAACAUCUAGAAAAGGAAAGAGAAGGAAAAAAAAUCCUGAUAUCAACCAAUCAUAAACCAGGAAACAUCUAUUUAAAGAGCUUUCUGCCUGUGUUUAUGAGUGUGUGAGUGUGUUUAUGAGUGUGUGUAUGUGACUGUCCCAUAGGUGUGUCCUACACGCCACCGUUGACCCUCAGAUUCCCUCCUGUGCCACGUCAUAUUACUUCCCUUCUUUGUCUCCUGCUGAAGAGGAACCUUCUAAAAACGACUCUUUGUUUGAAGGUCCUCCAAAGCCUCCUUCCUUUGUGUGUGUGUGUGUGUGUGUGUGUGUGUGUGUGUACAGUAGUGAUACCAAAUAUAGCUAUCUGUAAAAACAGGAAGUGUAGGGCUACAGAUGAGGAUGCUGAGGGUGUGUGUGUUUCCCUCUCUGCUUAUACAGUCUCAAAGAUCCUGUUUCAUAACACACACACACACACACACACACACACACACACACACACACACACACACACACACACACACACACACCUGUCAGUCAGUACUCUGACUGGUCUGAUGCCUUCUCUCGAGGUUACCAUGGUGAUGAUGAGGUCAUGCAGGUGGAAUGUAUCAAGGGGAUAUUCGGUCAGACAGACCCAGCUCUGCUCUGAGAGUUUGUUUCUAAUAAUUUUAAAUCAACAUUUAUUCGAUAUUUUACAUGAACAUAAAUAAUAAUGAUAUAUCCUCAUCACCAAAAACAUCAUUUUUUAAGCACAAAUUCUCUCUCUUUAUUUGAAACAUAUUUGUUUGUAUUUUCAGUGGGAGGUGCCAGGUAUCGGGUACUCAUGUGUUUAAGGGAAGCAGGUGGAAGUGAGACCUCCAGCUUGUGCACGCUCUCUCUGAGUCUCUCUCUGAUCUACAGCAUGUUAAGGUUACAUUAGCAACAUUAGACCUGCUUGUGUUUAGGAGCAGAGAGGCUGUUUUUAGAGUGACCUGACUUCACAGUCAACUCAGACCCUGAACACCAAUCAGUCUUUAUUCACAUCUCACUCAGUCUUUAUUCACUUGUCCUUAGUCUUUAGAUUGGUCCUCAGUAUCUGAUGUGUUUGUGUCAGAGAGGUGAACUUAAGAGAGUCAGCAGAUCUAAGGUUUCAGUCAGAGUUUGAUGGAAGUUAAUCUGUCUCUGUUUGACUGAUUAAUGUGUCUGUCUCUGAGGACAGACUUAGACAGGAGACACUAACAUGUGUGAGAAACAGAGUUUAAACUUCCUCUCUGCCUCCUCAUCCUCUCAAAGUUAUAUUUAAACUCAUCAGAGAGAAAAGCUCCAUCCGGAAACUUCAUCCUCACAGAGACGCUUCCUAAAGAGUCCACAGCCAAGUGAAUGUGUGUGUGUGUGUGUGUGUGGUAUUACAGCUCUAAAAUUACUCUGUCAGUGUUGUGCCAGCAGUCAGGGAGGCUCCAGACUCUCACGGAUGCCCACCUCAUCACGUAGAGACUGCCCCACAGUCAGAGACAUCUACACAAAUACACAUUUCCAUACACUCUGGGGGAGGAAGACACGUUUUCCUGAAUGGAGUUUUUGGAGUGUUUGUUUUUAGAGAGUGAGACACAGAGGACAGGUGUGUGUGUGAGAGAGAGAGUGUGUGUGUGCGUGUGUGUGUGUGUUCAGAGUCUCAGGGUCAGGAUGUUUAAAGUCUCAGAUUUAACCUUUAAAACAGUGUGAAGCCUAAAAGUAAACACCAAAACUGACCUGCUGAAUGUUGAUGAAACUACAUAUCAUGAAUUGUGAAUCUGUAGAAGCAGCUUAACUCCCCCAGAGGGAUGCGCUGUGAUUUCUGAGUCUUGAUCGGUCGACAUAGUGAUGGACACGAGUCCUGGUUUGGUGUGUUUUCACAUCAAUGCAGACAGCAGAAUGAUCUCUUAAUAACCACAAAAAACCUCUUCAAAACACAUCAGUCCAAAUGUGUACUCUGUAUCUGUUCAUAGCUGUUGCUCCAUGUCUGGACCUCCACUAGACGUCUGUUGUCUGUUUUUCAAUAGAUAGCUUGCACUGGGACAUCCAGCUGCCUUUCAAGGCCAAAAAACUCAGUCCACUUUGGCUCCUUUACCCCUGACGAAGAGAGAAGAUUAACGGCUUUCACACAAAAAUGAUAAAGUGCCUUUCUUGCCAUAUCUUCAAAGUUUUGGGGUCUUUACACCCCAAACUCAUAGCCUUGAAACUUACUAAACUGACCUAAUAAGCUUGUUAGCCAACUGCUCAUUAAAAACAAAUGGUGGAAAACCUGAUAAGGUGAUCCAUAUAGACGAAGCCAACAGUGGGGAAACCUGCACAAGUAGGUCCCUGAUGAACACGCCACUCUUAAUCAGUUCAUAAACAGCGUUUAUGUCUCAUUUAUGCUUAUGAAAGUUUGACGUGCCCUACCUGCUCUGUGGCAGCUAUAAGAACUGUCUCCACAGUAAUACUAGAGUCUCCUCUCUGGAGAGGACAGGAGAAGAGAGCAGAAGAGAGGAGAAGUGAAGAAAGUAAAGGGAAUUGGAGAGAAGGAAACAGGAUGGUAGUCUCGGCUCUUUGGUAUCAGGUAAAGUUCAGAGCUGUCACUCAGCUCUGUCAGGGUCCUUCAUGCACACAAACACCUUCAACUCCUCCUCCUUCUCCUCCUCACCACCACAUCUGGUUCAUGUUAGUGGGGUCAGAGGUCAAGUAGACAUGGAUCAUAAUCAGAGGUCAAAGAGGAGGCGCUCAGAGAGGACAACCUGCAGAAACACAGAGAGAAACUCACAGGGAGAGAGAGUCUGAUUGAGAGUUUGCCGCAAUGAGACCUUCAUCACCUGAGGACAUCUAAGAGGACAGUCUACAGAGGAGGAGGAGGAGGAACUCGGAUUUAGUCACCUGUGCUCCUCAGAGGGUUUUUACUCUUCACAUCUUCCACCAGUCCACCCGCAGACUGCAGAGCAAUCACUCAGGAGGAAGGGGUGUUUGGUUUAUUCAGACUCUGUCACACAGACAGACUAUCCUCAGAUUUGAUUCAAAUUAAUUCACAGUCACAGUAACAUGCUGCUCACUCAGUGACCAUGAGUUUACACUCAGAGCUUUGAAUUAUAAAUACUAAUAUAAACCAGUUUGGGCUCAACAUGAACUAGAUUCAGGGAUUGAUUCAUUAUGUCUGAGGAUUCAUUGAUUAACUAUGUCGGAGGAUCAGCUGGUAAAGCUGUGUAUUGAUAUUGUGCAGUUGUUGUUGAAGCUGGUAUCACUAGAGAAGCAAGCGGUCAGCAACAUUCAUCUCUCGAGGGGGUGUCUCACUCGGUGUUACGAUGUGUUUGACCAUAGCUCAAAUUUAUGUUGGAAUGUCCCUUUAAGGGGGAUGAGAACGAUGUGUUAUCAUUUAGAAAAGAGACAGUGAUAUCAACCCUGAGUGGGCUAAUGCCAAUAUGAGGCCAAUCAUGUCAAAAUGCUAAUAACCAGCCAAAAUAAUUGACCAACUGAUUCAUCACACACAAACACACACUCACACACACACACAACUGACAUACUGACCCAGUGGUCUAUGACCUCCAACUCGAUGCCGUGUGUGGAACAUCCUGACCCCCCAAUGAUCCGAUGUUUAUUAGUUCAGUUCAUUUAUCCCUAACCUACAACCUGGAUGACACACACACUGAACCACAACACUAUAUAUGUGUGUGUGUGUGUGUGUGUGUGUGUGCGCGCGUGUGUGUGUUUGUGUGUGUGUGUGUGUGUGUGUGUGUGUGUGCGUGUGCAUGUGUUGAAGUCAUGGAAGUAAACAUUGGAGAUGAGUGUAAAAUAAAUGAACAGCAGAUGCGAGCUUCAGUUUGAUAGCAGGGGUUAUCCAAUCACACACACGCGCACACACACACACACACACACACACACACACACACACACACACACACACACACACACACACACACACACACACACACACACAC